AUGAUGGGUCUGGGAAUUAUGCUCGCGACAUUCCUGGUUGCUUCAGUUACCCUGGCGACUGACCUUCCAGAUCCAUCUAGAUUAGCCCUUGAGCUCAAUGAAGACGAGUUUGAAGAUUAUUUGGACGCCUGGCUGAAACAGCAAGAACCAAGAUGGGCUAAUGUAUCAAUCGGUAAUGCUGCACCUCGCAAUGGCUGUACAUUUCGAAUUAACGGUGACUUUGGCCAGCCGCAACCGGUAUACAUCCGUAAGGGGACUUUCCUCCAACCUAACGGCAAUUCUGGUCAGGUCCACCUCAAUAAGGAUGAGCAAGUUACAAUUGCUUGUACUGGCCCAAGACGUAGAAUUAGCCAGCACACUGUUAUUGAUGACGUCGCAGUUGGAAGAGCAACGUGUGUAAACAAUAAUUUGGUAUCCGGCCGUGGCUGGUUAAACGGUAACAUAUCGUUCAACGAAUUGAUUUGCUCAGCUAACGCGAUUCACGAGGCUGAACCCACCAAUCACAGAUGUUAUGGGAAUAACCUGGUAAUACGGAUUGGCUUCAUCGUGAACAAUGUUUUCCAACAUCUGUAUUUUUCAUGCUUCAAUCAACAGCGCAUGGAAGUUUUAUACGUAUCCUACGAUCAGACCCCUGAAAAUACUAUUCAUCAAAGCGGUGUCAGCAGACCCAGUUUUGCGGCUGCUUCCUUCUUUCCCGGUGUUAAUGUUAACACCCUGUAUACCCAAGUUCGACAAAGGCAGACUAUUGCUGAGUUUGUUGGUCAAGCCCUAGCCGACAAGUACGUCACUAGUCGCCAGUUCCUGGCUCGAGGUCACCUUGCUGCUAAAACAGACUUUGUUUUCGCUACCGGUCAACGUGCAUCUUUCUACUUCAUCAAUGCUGCUCCUCAAUGGCAACCUUUCAAUGCUGGUAACUGGAACUCAUUGGAACAAAAUCUCCGUGCCCGUAUCGGAGCUGCUGGCUAUAGAACUAAAGUAUACACUGGAACAUUCGGUGUUACUCAACUGCGUGAUCAGAACAAUCGCCUUGUUAGCAUCUUUCUUGAUCGUCCUCACAACCGGAUUCCGGUGCCCCUAUACUAUUAUAAGGUGGUGUAUGAUGCAUCUCGUCUUCAAGGAACAGCUUUCGUAAGCAUUAACAAUCCCUACUACACAACUGAUGAAGUUCGUAACCUCACAUUCUGUACGGACCAUUGCCGAAAUAACAACGCCUUCAGCUGGCUCCGCUGGCAGCCUGACCGUAUUGAUAUCGGAUACAGCUUCUGCUGCACGAUCGAAGAUUUCAGGAGGACUGUCCCUCAUCUACCCUACAUGAAAACUACUGGUCUCCUAACAUAA